AUGUUAUUUAAACUUUGUGUUUGUUUUUUGGGAGUUUUUUUGGGCUAUCUAGCAAAUGGUAUUGUAAAUGAAGUAAUAACUACAAGGUUUGGAAAAGAAGUAUUUGAUUUUUAUCUCACAAUGUUAAUUGUUCCGGCGCUUUGUAAUGCUAUUUGUGCUCGACUAAUACUUUUAACUAUCAGCAAUCCAAAAGAAAUGAUCGUAAAAUCAGAUGUUCCUGAAAGACUAUAUUUGGGGUGUAGCAUUUUGAAUAUGCUCUCAAUGAUGUGUUCGUUCUUUGCUUUGUUUUAUGUCAGUUAUCCUACGCAGUUAAUACUAAAGUCUAGCAAACCUAUAUCUAUAUUAGUCUUUGGAUAUUUUACUAAUAAAAAAGCAUACCCCCUGUAUCGAUUUUUGAGUAUAUUUCUUACUGUAACUGGCGUAAUGAGCUUUAUGUGUUUUGAAUAUAAAAUGCAAGAUUUGGCAGGCGCUAAAAAUGGUGUUCAACACUACGUUUCAUACGGAUGUUUGUUAAUUUUAUUUUCUUUAAUUUUAGACGGUAUUUUGGCGUCUAUACAGGAUAUAAUGAAGCGAGACUAUUCCAUAGAGGCACAUAAACUAAUGUAUUUUACGAACAAAUAUUCUUUUCUAAUUUUGGGGACGAUAAUGUUAUUUACAAAUGAGUUUAAAGAUUUUUAUAUCUAUGCAGAAAAAUUUCCUCUUGUUUUGCUCUAUACUUUAAUUUUAGGUUUAACUAGUGCUUUUGGUCAAAAUUUUAUAUACUUUAGUAUUGCGUGGUUUGGCCCUUUAACUUGCGCAGUUAUAACGACUACUCGUAAAUUUUUUAAUGUAUUAAUAUCUGUUUUUGUUUUUUCGCAUAAUCUGAAAGCCGAGCAAUGGAUGAGUGUUGUUCUAAUAUUUAUUGGUUUAUUUUUUGACAUUUGGAUUCAGCGCUCAAUUUAA